UAUCGGUCUUUCUCUCUGCUCUCUGCUUCUGGGGUCGCCCAAGAGUUAGUGCUGUCGCCCAGGGCUGAGGCCCUUGUGGCCCCUCAGCAGGCCGCUCGAGGCCCUCGCUGCCUCGGGUCCUCUGGAGGCAUCCCGCUUGGGAAGCUCCAGCCGUGCCCGAGCCGAUCCAGCCCCGAGGACUCCUUGUGCCCGGGGCCUCCCGCGUGCCCCUGCACCCACGCUUGCGCCGCUUGGCGGCCAGCCUGGUGCGACAACUGCAGAGCGGCUGCGCGAAGGAUGGACCCCUCGCCAGAGUGACCUUUGGUUCGCGGCCUUCGGGCUGCCUGGGACAAUACCCAGGCACACAGGCCGCCAUUGCUGCAUCGCGCAGCGAACGGCAUCUGCGCACCAACGGUCGCUCUUGUCUAGGGUCGCUCGCGUGCAGCCGAUCCGCCUGUACCCUGCCUGGCUGCUCCGCCUCCGACGCCAACGUGUGCGGCGACAACGAGUGGCCGCGGCGCCAUGAUGCGCGCAAAGAUUGCCACCAGAGCCGGGUCCAGCACGUCGUACCCGCAGCCGCGCGAGGGCAUCGACUGGCGUAGCCUCGGCUUCGGGCUGGCCACAAGGAGGCCCGUACUUCAACAAGCAUUACAACAACACGUAGCCUUACUACCUCUAUGGGACUCCAAGAUGAUUGUAGCCAACUGCAGCGCUGGCUCCAUGUGGGGAGAGCUCCGGUCCGAGCCCUAUGGCGUCAUCCCAUUAGAGCCGGCGGCUACUAUCCUGAACUACGGGCAGGGCAUUUUCGAGGGCAUCAAGGCGUACCGCACGGAGCGGGGCCGGAUCGUCCUCUUCAGGCCACAGAAGAACGGGAAGCGGAUGGCCGACGGUGCCCGGCGGAUGCUGAUGCCGCCGCUGCCCCCGAGUCUGUUCUUGCAGGCUUGCAGCAAGGCCGUGACCGAAAACGCCGACCUGGUGCCCCCGUGCGGCCAGGGGGCCCUGUACCUGCGGCCGCUGCUGUUCGGGAGCGGGGCCGACCUGGGCGUGAAGCCCAGCUCGCAGUACGUGUUCUGCGUCUUUGUGCCCGGGGGGUCCGGGGUCCGCUGA